UGUGUGUGUGUGUGUGUGUGUGUGUGUGUGUGUGUGUGUGUGUGUGUGUGACAGUGGCGUUGUUGUUAUUGUUGUUGGUGGUUGAGGUGAUCGAAGUUUGAGAGACGAUGGCAAGAGUAGAAGUAGUAGUAGUUGUAGUAGUAAUAGUUGUUUUUGUUGUUGUUGUGGCUGUGGUUGUUGUGGUGGUGAUGGUGAUGGUGAUGGUGGUGGUGAUAGUGGUGGUGAAGGUGGUUAUUCUCCCAGCCACCACAAACUCUUCACUCCAGUGUAUUGCAACGUCUCCGCAUCAUUCACCACCAAGGAACGGCUCCCUCUCUCUCUCUCUCCCUCCUUCGAUCCCCCCUAAGAGAGAGCUGUCUGCCUUCACAUCACCACUACCACAGCUAACCACACCACCAUCGUCGCCGCCUCUGUGCUCCGCACUCUUCUCUUGUUCGCACUACUCUCUGGCGGUUGGUAAAUUGCAAGUGAUAAAUUGCUCUAAGGAGGAGGUAACGAUAAUCAGAUUUUAUUCAUCGUUAAAACCCAGCAGUGGCGCGUUAAAGGAUUAAAGGGGAAGGGACAGAGUACAGUCUCCAGGGCCGCAGCUACCAGUCCCCGCUUCCCCACCACCCGGUCGAGCCGCUGAUCACGCCACUACCCUAUUGGACCCGCGCCACUCUGUUGCUGCUGCUGAAGGCGAGACAGUGCGGGCAGCAGGUUGCCUCUCUCAUGACAGCCAGAACCUGGAGGCCGCGAGGGCGGGCAGGCCUAUUAACCUGUGGGGAGCGGAGGGUGAAUUCCAACGACUCCACGUCAUGUGUUAGUACCGGGCGCCCGUGGCGGGACAGUCCAUGAAAGCCUUGUCUCCAGUGCGGCUACUGCCAUCUGCCGGUGAUAAAAGUUGCAUGAAAUUUGACAUGUGGGUUCCACAAGAAUGGACUUAACGAGGGCGUGUCCUCUGUAGUGCUCAGACCCCACCAGCCGGAGCCGCAGCCAUGUCCUCGUGCCGCCCCCGGCGCCACAGCGUCGUCACCCUUCGCCUCACUGUCACCCCUGACGACAUGGAUACUCCGAGGCGGCAGCCGUCACCGCCGCCCUCCAGUCACCCCCCCAGCCCCACCCAACCUCCACGACCCCGGUCACACUCCCGCCACCGCUACACUACUCAGUCCCGCCCACCACCAACCUCACCCCUCCGUCGCACCCCAACGUCCCCCCUACCCCGCAGCACACCCCCGCCUCUAACACGCACCCCAACCACUCCCCUUAGCCGCACCCCUACUUCUCCCAUGGCCCGUACCCCCACCUCGCCCUUCUGCAGAGAGCCCACGUCCCCAAUGGGCCGUUCCACGCCCUCGCCUGUGUCCCCUCGCAGCGUAAGCGGCCGACACUUCCGCUACGAUGUGUGGGCGGAGCAGCGGGGCUUAAGGCGGCGCUCCUCACUCCUGACGGUGCCGUCCUCCUACGAUACCCACUCCGACCUCCACCUCAGGCUGCCCCGUCCACGCUCCUCUUCCAUUGCUGGUCCACUGCGUCCUCCUGACCUCGCCAGGUACCUGUCGGACAUGAGCCAGCGCCACCACCGCGGUGAGGACGGCGGUGGCAGUGGCGACGUCAGCAUCUGCAGCAGCUUUGACGAGUCUGAGCAGGACCCUGAUGCCACCAGCCCACAGUACGACCCCACGGUGAGGAGCUCCAGCCACGACCUUGGACGCAGCACCACCCCCUCUGCCGCGUUCAUCAGGUCUGGGCCCACCUCCCCUGGCCACGAGUCCUUCACCACAGACUCCCCAAGACGUCGAAACAGCAGCGCAGACCCGAGCACGGGUGUGUGUCGCCUGCGUCAGUUCAGCGUCACCUCCCGCGGCGGCGUGGUGAAUCGCGGUGACUCCUUCCGCCCACGCCGUUCCGCCUCCAACACCUCCGUCACCUCCACAGUCUCCUCCUGCAGCAGAGAGCGUCUUCCCAGCGUGGGGUCGGUACCGUCCACGCCCGGGUGUAGCAAGGUGCCCACUCCCACCGCGCCGCCGCAACACCGUGUCGUCAUGAUCGGUGCUCCUGGCGUAGGCAAGUCAACGCUCAUCACGCAGUUCAUGACCUCAGAGUACAUGUGUGCGUACGAUGACUCCCCAGCGUCCUCCUCUUUGCGCUCCGGGUGGAUGCAGUGCUCUCCUCGUAGUCAUGGCAAUGACGAGGGCGGAGCAGAACGCAGUGUUUCCGUGGUGCUGGAAGGGGAGGAGGCAGAGCUGGUUUUCAUUCAUUUACAGGACAUUACUCAAGCCAUUGCGCGCGAGGGACACGCGGACGGCUGGGUGGUGGUAUACAGCAUUAGUGACCGCGAGAGCUUCAAGUCAGCCUCCACAGCGCUGGGCAAAGUGUGGUCACUCGGGCACGUCACCCACCGCGCCGUCAUCUUGGUGGGCAACAAGACAGACCUAGAGCGCACCAGAGUGGUCAAUACAGCAGAGGGCCGCACUCUGGCCACUACCUACGAGUGUAAGUUCAUCGAGGUGAGCGCCGGGUUUGACCACAACGUGGACGAGCUGCUGGUGGGCAUCCUGACGCAGAUCCGCCUGAAGCAGCAUGCGCAGACCGGAGGAGAGGGGCCGGGCCACCUCCCCAGUGGCGGCAGCGUCGACAUGUCCCUUACCAAUAGUGUGGGCAGCACCGGAGUCUCUUCCCCGGGCGGCAACGCCAGCAAGCUGCGGCACAAGAACAGUUUCCGGGUCAAGGGAAUCCUGAACAAACUGCUGAACAAAGACCGCAAAGCAAAGUCGUGUGAGAACCUGCAGGUGUUGUGAGGCGAGGCCAGGCACUCACCGCUCCGCCGCACCCCGUCCCUAUACACACAGAGGGAGCAGGUCGGCACCAACACCAUGGGACGCCACGCGCCCGCGGCAGCAUGAACACAAAAUUGCCACAUAUAAAGAAAAAAAACAGUACUGUUGCCUUAUAACAAAGACUACCCUGGGAAACAAUUAAAAAGACAAGAAGCAAUAGUUAGAUUAUUAUUUAUGAGAGAAUCAAGCCAGCGUGGGUCGAUGGAGUCUCGCUGGCGUGUGAAUGAUGAGACUGAGAACGCAGGACUGCAACACAACAACAAAAAUAAUAACAACAACUGGAGCAUUAACAAGAGCGAUGAUAAUACCAAAUAACAAACAGCAUUCACACCAACAACAUCCGCACCACAAAAAGACAGACAACCCUAACAGUCUCUUUCAUCACUACCACCACCGCCGCCACACACGUCACGCCCCUCGGCUGCCUCUUCAGUAAGUGUUCAUGAAUGUCGAUGUGUGUUUUUUCCCGUGUUCUUAACGUGGAUCGCCGUUUACUGCCUCGUGGCGUCAUGUGUCCGUAAUGAUAAAGUAAAGCUAAGAGUAACACACUGAACUUCACCCUCGAACUUUCUUAUUACCGUCGACAUGUGUGUGUGUGUGUGUGUGUGUGUGUGUGUGUGUGUGUGUGUGUGUGUGUGUGUGUGUGUGUGUGUGUGUGUGUGUGUGUGUGUGUGUGUGUGUGUGUGUGUGUGUGUGUGUGUGUGUGUGUGUGUGUGUGUGUGUGUGAUGUUUCAGUCUCAUUCACAAAUAUAAAAUAGUGGAUGUUUUAUUUCCAUCUUCUAGUGUAACAAUAUUUUGGUGUAGCCACGUCUUCAGCUCAACUGGUGUUACUUUACUAAAAUCUUUUUAUAUGUGACGUACUGUACUGUACGGUGACAACACUUCUCAUCUCAGAACGUACUAGUUAUGGACUUUCUCAACAUUACCGUGAAGAAAGAAACUGAAUCAAACUCCUAUUUGUGGUGACGAAGAAGGAAGAAUGUAUACAUACAUAUCACCUUCAUGUGUCCUUGUGUGUCUUUGAUCAUUCACACCUGGCCACGUGUAUGCAGGGACAAAGUUUCCGUACGCACAAGAAAUACGGACAGCAUGGCACGAAACACGGACGUAUGUACUGUACAUAGUUAUGUAUUAAUCCUGCUCAUCCUUGUAUCUUCCACCCAACACAAACACACACACACACACACACACACACACACACACACACACACACACACACACACACACACACACACACACACACACACACACACACACACACACACACACACACACACACACACACACACACACACACACACACACACACACACUAGCACAACAACUGAAGAAAGCGUCGAGGAAAGGCAAGUGUCCGUGUCUGUCUCUCUUAAAACUCGAAAAAAAUAAAACUUACAAUCGACGUGUAAACUCCAGCCAAACUCUCACUCUCUCUCUCUCUCUCUCUCUCUCUCUCUCUCUCUCUCUCUCUCUCUCUCUCUCUCUCCUGAGUGGGUGAUAAAUGGCAGGUGAGAUGUCGUGAGUUGCAAGCUUCUCCAUUUUGCUUCCCCUCAUUACUCACAGCGUGCUUUAGCUUGUCUCUUCUUUUCUGUAAGAGGCGAAAUAGUGUUGUGCGUCACGCUGUAAAAGGAGAGGAGGAGGAGGAGGAGGAAGAGGAGGAGGAGGAGGAGGAGGAGGAGGAGGUCUCUCUUUGUAGCUGUCGUUCCCAGAGAGCACCUCACACACAGUCUCACAAAGAAUUAUACGGCACACAGAGAGAGAGAG